GGCGGCGUAGACGGCCACUGCAACUUGGGAAGUAAAACCGUAGCGUCGCGCGCCACAACAGUUCCGUGUUGUCGUACCGUUGGGUCCGAUCAUGUGCCAUCGACAGAACUGUACACGCGCAUCCACGUGCUCCUCGACGUAUUCAAAUAAACCGGUACCGUUUCUUUGUACGAAUUUAAGUCUUCACGCGUAAUUAUCCAAUUUUUAUCCAUAACUAUUUCUAUCAGUAGCAAAACACUAGAAAUUAAACCAAAUAUUAAUAUAUUUUUUUUUGUUCGUCAUUCGUAGAAAAAAAUACGAGUAUUAUUAUGGCGGCCGCGGCCGCGUUAGGAGUGUUGACUGUGUUAGUGCUUCUUGUAAGAGCUCAAACGUUUUCUAACGGAGUGGACGGGUUCUUUUCAGCCAAUAAUCGGUAUGCAAAAUUAGACAAAUUCCUUCACGACCGAAUAGGUUUGGUUGGUAAUAGGUCCAAGACGCUUAUGCUUACCACAGACCGAAGCUUUUUAAUAAGAACUUCAACGUCAACUACUGAGCCACUCGAAAACAAUAAUGAAAGUAACGAUGAAAACGAUGAAGAUAAUGAUGACGAUGAUGAUGAUGAUGAUGAAGAAGAAGAAGACGAUGAACUAACACAAAAGGUUGUUAGGCUUAGACAUUGGAAUCGAUGGGAUGGAGACAACACCCUUUUUGAUAAGAAUGUACAAAAACAUGAACCUGCAAAAACAAUGUCUACAAUAUCAGAAAACAAAUGGAAACUUUUGGGUUCUAGGAAAACUGUCGAGGAAACAUUUCGGAAUUCGCAUAGGAUUAGUAUACAACAAGGUGUAAAUGAUGGCAAUGAAGCAUACAAACAUCAAAUGCGGAUCGCCAAAGAAGCUUUAUGUAAAGUACCAAGGCCACGGGUGAUAAAAGCCAGUGACAUAUAUCCUAGUUCAAAUAAAAGGUAUAUACCAUCUUGUACUGUUCUUCAUGUAUGUGCUGAUGACACUGGAUGUUGUGGUAGUCCUUUGCUGAAAUGUGGUCCCAAGUCUACACAACCUCUACAUUUACAAUUUUUAGUUUACACUGAACCUGGGUUAGGUGAUCGACAUGCAUCCGACCGUCAAACUUAUCAAAAGUCAUUGCUUUUCUACAAUCAUACUGAAUGCGAAUGCCAAUCUAAAAUUGAAGAGAUGAUGCCAAGAGAUACGAUCACUACUUCUUUGUCUUCUGAUAAUCAGCAAGUAUCACUAUUUCACAGAAAUGAUAACAGUUGCAAAUGUCCAACGGAAUAUACAGUACGCUAUCUAGCAAAUGGAUCAUGUUCUUGUGAUUGUUUUGACAAACAACGUGAAUGUAUCCGUUAUAAAAAAGGAAAUUUAUACUUCAACCAUCUCGAUAGAUACUGCAUAACGUCCGGACAAUGUUUACUACCAAUGUGCGAGUACGGGGUUUAUUCUCAUAGAACUGGACGUUGCCCAAAGAAGUACGAGAAUCAGUAUUCACUUAAAAAGAAACACUACUUUUAAGUAUAUUUUAAAUAAAUUAAGACUCUUAGUUUUACUAAUAAACCUAAUAAUGUGUUCAGUUGUCUCUAUGUAUGUGUAAUUAUUACUAGUUUGUAAUUAUUAUAAGAUAUACCAAUAAUUGUAUUAAAAUUGAGUUUGUAACUUUUCUUCCUUUUAUAAAAAAAAAAUAUGUUUUAUUUCUAUAACACGUUAUUGUUAUAUACUUGUAUUUAUGCUGGAAUAUAAUAUUUA